AGCUCGGUCAGCUCGGCAGCUUGAGCCGAAGCUGCGGCAACACUAUAUCCAAGUCUGAUUUGCCGAAAAAAUUCGCUACAUGAUUUCCUUUCCUCCAGAACUGAUGCUGCGUAUCUUCGGAUACCUAGAAGGCAGCCGCACUUCUCUAGAAGCGUGCUGUCUUGUCUGUCACGCUUGGCUCCCACUCGCCCAGCCCCUUGUUUUUGCUGACCUCUCGCUGACCCGACAAUCUCAAUACUACUCCUGUAUACGGAAAUUCACUGCUUAUCCUCACCUCACUGGCUAUGUCACCAGCCUCACCUUGGGGGGUGGGAAAUGGCCUGGGGAUGAACGACAGGUUGUGUCAUCACAACCCUCACAACCCUCACCUCUCGUUGAGCCCCCGACCUUGGAGCUCAUACGUCAGUUUACUAAUGUUAGAUCACUGAAAAUAUACGGUUUCCCCUCUCUACGCAAGACCGAAAUCGAGGUGCUUUGCCGUUUUCCUCAAAUGGAAUGUCUAGAGAUGUGUAAUGUGGCUUUCGAACAACCGGAGGAUUUAUUGGAUCUCACGUCGCAAAUGGUCGGCCUGAAGAGCCUCGGUAUCGCAGAAAUUAGCAUCGGAGAGUCUCACCAAGCUGAAAGCAGGAGAAUUGGGUCUGUCCUACAUAACCAUGUUGACCCCGUCCCCAAACGUCUGAGGCAUCUCUACCUCCAAGAUAUCACACACAGCUUGUACAUCUUCUCGUGGCUUUCAGGAUCAGCUUUCGAUCUCAGUGGUCUAACCGAGCUCACAUUGUUAUCGAAAUGCUCGUUGGAGACACUGCAUCGUGAAGUUCCCCAAAAUUUUCCCAUUUAUGUUGCACCGUUUAUCAGUAUAGUUGGGGUUGGGAUCAAGCAUCUCUGUCUUGACAUGGAGCUACUGCGUCCACACCGUCCCGGAAUUAAAGUCAACCACAUGUUAGACUACUGCAUUUCGACAGCAGCGCUGGAAAACUUUACUGCAUUAGAAACCCUAGACAUUCGCUCAGAAAAUCCUUACGUCGUAAAUGAUGCCUCGUGUCUACACGACAUUCAGCGUCUUCUUCGUCAUGUUACCUUCAGAAAACUUUGGAAUAUUUGCAUUGCGAUACACUUCGUAUUGGAGAAGCCUAUCGAUUUCCCAUUCUACCAGGACCUCCCCGUUUGGGCCGACCUUGACAACCUUCUUGGUAGUCCGAACUUUCCUUCUCUGCUCCGGGUCGUCUUCGAUAUUGAUAUUGACAACGGACAUUGGUAUUUCCUCAAAGAUCUGUUCACUUACCUGUCGGAGAGCCCCAAGGAUGAUGAUGAACCUGAUGCUCAUGCCACACGUCCCGUAGUGACCGAGAAUCCUUGGCCAGAUGAUCCCCCUAUGAUGGAUGAUGUCGUAGCCAUGAUCAAGGAGAGAAUGCCGACUGUAGCAUCCCGCGGCCUCUUGGAGUUUUGCCUUCUUGUCGAUGAAGAUGAUGACGGCGGCUGACCGUUGUAUUAGACGAGUUUUUAUGUCGAUUUCCUUCGUUAAAUGUCAGAUACAUUCCUAAUCCGUGCUUCUUUCUUUUUCAAAGCGACACUAGCCAUGAAGUUCUGUUGGCGUCAAUCGUUUGGGGCCGGGGGCCCGGAGGCGACGUUCUGCACCUUCCUGAGACUG